AUGACAAGUGGUGGGCCAAAGGUGCUGGAAACAGCGGAGGAGAUCCAGAAGAGGCGUCAGGAGGUGUUGACUCGGUACCAGAGGUUCAAGGAGCUGGUUGCUGAGAGGGGUCAGAAGCUUGAAGAGUCCUAUCACUACCAGGUUUUCAGACGAGAUGCAGAUGACCUGGAGAAAUGGAUCUUGGAGAAACUUAAGAUUGCAGAAGAUAAGAGCUAUGAAGACCCAACUAACAUACAGGGGAAAUAUCGGAAGCAUGAAUCCUUCGAAGCAGAGGUACAAGCAAAAUCAAGGGUCAUCCCUGAACUGGAAGAAAUCAGAACAGUUCGAUUUCCUGAGGGACAUUUUGCCCAUGAGGACACCAAGAACCACCUAGAUGAAUUGCGCCAUCUGUGGGACCUGUUGUCAGAGCUGACUCAGGAGAAGGGUACCCUGCUGCUGCGGGCCCUGAAGCUACACCAGUACUUGCAAGAGUGUGCUGACAUCUUGGAGUGGAUUGCAGACAAGGAAGCUAUAGUGACAUCAGUAGAGCUAGGUGAGGACUGGGAGAAAACAGAGAUUCUGCAUAAGAAGUUUGAAGAGUUCCAAGAGGAGCUGACAGCUCGAAAGAGGAGAGUGGAUCGAGUGAACCAAUAUGCCAAUGAGUGUGCUGAGGAGAACCAUCCGGAGCUGCCCUUGAUUAAGUCAAAGCAGGAUGAGGUGAAUUCUGCCUGGGAGCGUCUCUACAGUCUGGCUCUCCAGAGACAGAAAACACUGUCUGAUGCUACAGACCUCCAGCGAUUCAAAAGGGAUGUGACCGAAGCCAUCCAGUGGAUCAAGGAGAAGGAGCCUCAACUCACCUCUGAAGACUAUGGCAAAGACCUUAUUAGCUCUGAGGCACUGUUUCACAAUCACAAGAGACUUGAGAGGAGCCUUGCAGUCAUGGAUGACAAGGUGAAGGAGUUAUGUGCCAAAGCAGAGAAACUUAAGCUUUCUCAUCCUUCAGAUGCACCUCAGAUUCAAGAGAUGAAAGAGGAUCUCGUCUCCAACUGGGAGCACAUUCGAGCGUUGGCUACCAACAGAUAUGCAAAGCUAAAGGCUUCUUAUUGGUACCAGCGAUUCUUAUCUGACUAUGAUGAGCUCUCUGGCUGGACGACAGAGAAGACUGCUCUGAUCAAUGCUGAUGAGCUGCCUACAGAUGUGGCUGGUGGGGAAGCCCUACUAGACAGGCAUCGACAGCACAAGCAUGAGAUUGACUCUUAUGACGACCGAUUUCAAUCAGCUGCUGAGACUGGUCAAGACCUGCUGGAUGCAAAUCAUGAAGCCUCUGAGGAAGUUCGGGAAAAGAUGGAAACACUUGCCAAUAACUGGGCAGCCCUGUUGGAACUGUGGGUCAAGCGUCAGCAUCAGUAUGAGCAGUGUUUGGACUUGCACCUCUUCUACCGUGACAGUGAGCAAGUGGACAGUUGGAUGAGUAGACAAGAGGCUUUCCUGGAAAACGAGGACCUGGGAAACUCCUUGGGCAGUGUGGAAGCCCUUCGUCAGAAGCAUGAUGAUUUUGAAGAAGCCUUUACUGCCCAGGAGGAGAAGAUCACAACCUUAGACAAGACUGCAACCAAACUGAUUGAUAAUGACCAUUAUGAUUCAGAGAACAUUGGUGCUAUCCGGGACACGUUGUUGGCUCGGCGGGAUGUCCUACGUGAAAGGGCUGCCAUUCGACGCAGAUUGCUGGAGGAUUCAUGGCUUCUGCAGAAACUGAAUCAGGACUCAGAUGACCUAAAGAACUGGAUCAACAAGAAGAAAAAGUUGGCAGAUGAUGAAGAGUACAAGGAUACACAGAACUUGAAAAGCCAGGUUCAAAAGCAACAAGUCUUUGAAGAGGAACUGGCAGCUAAUGAGAUUCUGCUCAAUGACCUAAAAAAAACUGGCCAGAAGAUGAUUGAGGAUGAUCACUAUGCUUCUGACAUUGUAACUGCUCGUGUGAAUGAAGUUGACAGACUCUGGAAGGAAUUGCUGGAGGCUACAGAACAGAAAGGGACUGAGUUGCAUAAAGCUAACAAGCUGCUGCAAUUUGAAAAUAAUGCAGAAGAUCUGAAGCGCUGGCUGGAGGAGGUGAAGUGGCAGGCUGCCUCUGAGGAUUAUGGGAGAGGCCUGGCAGAUGUACAAAAUCUACUCAGGAAGCAUGGCCUUCUGGAGUCUGCUGUGGCUGCUCGUCAGGAUCAGGUGGACACCAUCACAGACCUGGCGGCAUAUUUUGAAGAAACAGGGCAUCCCGAUGCUGGGGACCUACGGGGCAGGCAGGAGUCCCUGGUGUCCCAGUUUGAAGCCCUGAAAGAGACGCUGGCCACCCGGAAGAAGAAGCUCAUCGACUUUUUCCUCCUGCAUCAGAUCUACAGAGACACAGAAGACGAGGAGGCCUGGAUCCAAGAGACUGAACCCUCAGCCGCUUCCACCUACCUUGGCAAGGAUCUGAUUUCUUCCAAGAAUCUUCUGAACAGACACCAAGUCAUCCAGGCUGACAUUGCCAGCCAUGAGCCACACAUCCAAGCAAUAACAGAGAGAGGAAACAAAAUGGUAGAGGAAGGACACUUUGCUGCAGAAGAUGUGGCCUCAAAGGUUAAGAGUUUGAAUGAGAAUAUGGAGUCUCUCCAGGCUCGAGCUGCUAGACGGCAGAAUGAUCUUGAGGCCAAUGUCCAGUUUCAGCAGUACCUGGCUGACCUGCAUGAAGCAGAAGCAUGGAUUAGAGAGAAGGAGCCUAUUGUAGACAACACUAACUAUGGAGCUGAUGAAGAAGCAGCUGGGCAACAGCAGGCUGCACCAGUGGAGGGAGCUGCUGGAGAAGUGAGGGUUGUGGCUUUAUAUGACUUCCAGGCCCGCUGCAACCGAGAAGUCACGAUGAAGAAAGAUGAUGUCUUAACUCUGCUCAGUUGCAUCAACAAGGUGACUUUCUUUGCUAAUCUUCUUCCCAUCAACAAGGUGGCUCUUCCACAGUACCGCUCCCUCCUUGAUCGUGCAGAAGAACGCCGACGUCGUCUAUUGCAACGUUACAAUGAGUUUUUGCUGGCCUAUGAGGCAGGAGACAUGCUGGACUGGAUCCGAGAGAAAAAGGCAGAUAACACUGGGGUGGAACUAGAUGAUGUUUGGGAGCUUCAGAAAAAGUUUGAUGAGUUCCAAACGGAUUUGAAGACCAAUGAGCCUCGGCUGAGGGAUAUCAACAAGGUGGCUGAUGAUCUUCUAUUUGAAGACCUUCUAACACCAGAAGGAGCUCAAAUACGGCAGGAGUUGAAUACACGCUGGGACUCCCUGCAGCGGCUUGCAGAGGAACAGCGCCAGCUGCUGGGCAGUGCCCAUGCUGUCCAGAUGUUUCACAGAGAUGCAGAUGACAUGAAGGAUCAGAUUGAAAAGAAGUGCCAGGCCCUCAGUGCUGCGGAUCCUGGCUCAGACCUGUUCAGUGUUCAGGCCCUUCAGCGACAGCAUGACGGCUUUGAGAGAGACCUCAUACCCCUGGGGGAAAAGGUGACCAUACUGGGGGAGACAGCAGAGCGGCUCAGUGAGUCCCAUCCAGAUGCCACUGACGACCUGCAGAGGCAGCGAGUGGAGCUGAAUGAGGCCUGGGAUGACCUGCUGGGGCGUACGAAUGAUCGUAAGGAGAACCUAAAGGAGGACCAGAAAUUCUACCUGUUCCUCAGCAAGGCCAGGGACUUACAGAAUUGGAUCAGUGGCAUUAGUGGCGUGGUAUCAUCACAGGAGCUGGCUCAGGAUUUAAUUGGCACCGAGAUCUUGAUAGAGCGACAUCAGGAGCAUCAUGCUGACAUGGAGGCCAAGGCUCCCAACUUCCAGGACUUAGAAGACUUUGGUGCAGAACUUAUAAACAGUGGGCACCGUGCCAGCCCUGAAAUUCAAGAAAAGCUUCAAGCUGUCAGACUAGAGAGGGAUGAUUUGGAGAAAGCUUGGGAACAACGCAAGAAGAUGCUAGAUCAGUGUCUGCAGUUGCAGUUGUUCCAAGGGAACUGUGAUCAGGCUGAGAGCUGGAUGGCGGCACGUGAGAAUGUCCUGAGGUCAGAUGAUAAGGGUUUAUUAGACAGUCUGGAGGCCUUGAUGAAGAAACGCGAUGAUUUGGACAAAGCAAUCACUGCCCAGGAAAAGAAGAUCACUGAACUAGAACAUUUUGCUGAUCAGCUCAUAGAUGAUGACCACUAUGCCAAGGAAGAGAUUGCUGCUCGGCUCAAACAUGUGCUAGACAGAUGGAAGGCUCUCAAAGAACAGCUGACUGCUGAGCGUACAAAAUUGGGAGACUAUGCUGACCUAAAACAAUUCUACCGUGACCUUGAAGACCUAGAAGAAUGGAUCAGUGAGAUGCUGCCCAUAGCCUGUGAUGAAUCCUACAAAGACCCCACCAACAUUCAGAGGAAAUAUCUGAAGCACCAGACCUUUGAAAAUGAAGUCAAUGGCCGAGCUGAGCAGGUGAAAGGAGUCAUCAACAUGGGGAAUUCCCUGAUUGAGCGGAGAGCGUGUGAUGGCAAAGAAGAGACCGUGAAGGGUCAAUUGGAAGAGCUGGAGAAACACUGGGACGACCUGUUUACGAAAACAAUUGACAAAGGAGAGAAGCUCAAUGAGGCUAGUCGCCAACAGAGGUUCAACACAGGCAUCCGGGACUUUGAGCUUUGGCUCUCAGAGGCAGAAACACUGCUGGCCAUGAAAGAUCAGGCCAGGGACUUGGCAUCUGCAGGAAACCUGCUCAAGAAGCAUCAGUUAUUGGAAACAGAGAUGUUGACCCGAGAGGAUGCACUCAAGGACCUGAAUCAGUUGGCUACUGAUCUGCUCUCCAGUGGGACUUUCAAUGCUGACCAAAUUGUGGAGAAAAGAGAUAAUGUCAACAGCCGCUUCCUGAAUGUCCAGAACUUAGCAGCUGCACACCAUGAGAAAUUGAAAGAGGACUACGCCUUGUUCCAGUUCUUCCAAGACCUGGAUGAUGAGGAAUCCUGGAUAGAGGAUAAGUUAAUUCGAGUGAGCUCCCAGGACUAUGGGAGGGAUCUGCAGGGGGUUCAAAACUUAAUGAAGAAGCACAGACGCCUAGAGGGGGAGCUGGUGGCACAUGAACCCGCCAUCCAGAAUGUGCUGGAUACGGCAAAGAAGCUAGGAGACAAGGCUGCUGUGGGGCAAGAGCAGAUCCAGAAGCGACUGGCUCAGUUUGUUCAACACUGGGAGAAGCUCAAAGAGUUGGCCAAGGCUCGAGGGCUUCGACUGGGAGAGUCUCUAGAAUACUUGCAGUUCAUGGAGAAGGCUGAGGAGGAGGAAGCUUGGAUCAGUGAAAAGGAAGCUAUGGUUGCCCAAGGGGAUUGUGGAGACACAUUGGCUGCUACUCAGAGCUUGCUAAAGAAGCAUGAAACAUUGGCUAAUGACUUUGCUGUCCAUGAGACCCGAGUGCAAAAUGUCUGUGCUCAAGGAGAAGACAUCCUGAGCAAGGAGGAAAGUCAGCAGAAGGAGAAGAUUUCUGCCAAGAUAGACGUUCUGAAUCAAAAGACCCCUUCUCUGUCCAAGGCAAUAGCUGCUUGGAAGUUGCAAUUGGAAGAUGAUUAUGCCUUUCAGCAAUUUAACUGGAAGGCUGAUGUGGUAGAAGCCUGGAUAGCUGAAAAGGAAAGAAGCCUGAAGAUCAAUGGCAAUGGUGCAGACCUCGCUGCCUUCCUCACUCUCUUGGCAAAGCAGGACACACUGGAUGCCAGUCUGCAGAGCUUCCAGCAGGAGAGACUGUCUGAGAUAACUGACCUAAAGGACCAACUAGUGGCUGCUCAGCACAGCCAGACCAAAGCCAUUGAGGAGCGCCACACUGCCCUGCUGAGUCGCUGGGAACAGCUGCUGGAAGCCUGUGCAGCCCACAGACAGAAAUUGCUGGAGAAACAGCAGCCCCUGCAGGAGGCUGAGGAGCUCUUCAUGAAAUUUGCACACAAGGCUUCAGCUUUCAACAACUGGUGUGAACAUGCUGAGGAAAACCUGUCAGAGCCUGUGCACUGUGUCUCCCUGAAUGAGAUUCGGCAGCUGCAGAAGGACCAUGAGACCUUCUUGGCCUCUUUGGAAAAGCACCAAACAUAUUUCAAUGAUUUACUGGAGCUAGACCAGCAGAUUAAGGCCUUAAAUGUGCCCUCCAGCCCUUAUACCUGGUUAACAGUAGAAGUACUAGACAGGAUCUGGAAGCACCUAUCUGACGUCAUCAAGGAACGCGAGCAGGAUCUGCAAAAAGAAGAGGCAAGACAGGUCAAGAACUUUGAGAUGUGCCAGGAGUUUGAACAGAAUGCCAGUGCCUUUCUUCAAUGGAUCUUGGAGACCAGAGCUUAUUUUUUGGAUGGAUCUUUGCUCGAAGAAACAGGAACUCUGGAAUCCCAGUUGGAAGCAAAUAAAAGGAAGCAGAAGGAGAUCCAGGCAAUGAAGCGCCAGUUGACCAAGAUUGAGGACCUGGGGGACAGCUUAGAAGAGGCUCUGGUCCUGGACGUCAAAUACAGCACCAUUGGGCUGGCCCAGCAGUGGGAACAGCUCUACCAGCUUGGGAUGCAAAUGCAACACAACCUGGAACAACAGAUCCAAGCCAAAGACACCAGAGGUGUGAGUGAGGAGACACUAAAGGAGUUUAGCAAAACAUUUAGACACUUUGAUGAGAAUUUGACAGGGCGCUUAAGUCACAAAGAUUUCCGGUCCUGCCUGAGAGUGCUCAAUUACAACUUGCCCAUGGUGGAGGAGGAUGAACCUGAGCCCAAGUUUGAGAAAUUCCUAGAUGCUGUCGAUCCAGGAAGGAAGGGCUACAUCUCACGAGAAGACUAUACCUCAUUCCUGAUUGACAAGGAAUCAGAGAACAUCAAGUCCAGCGAUGAAAUAGAGAAUGCUUUCCAAGCCCUAGCAGAGGGCAAGGCCUAUAUUACCAAAGAGGACAUGAAACAGGCCCUAACCCCGGAACAAGUAUCAUUCUGUGCCUCACAUAUGCAGCAAUAUGCGGACCCCCGGGGCCGAAGCCAUGCUGCUGGCUAUGACUAUGUUGGCUUCACCAAUUCCUACUUUGGCAACUGAUAAGCAGCUUUUCCUGUAUCAUAGAAAAUCUUGGUGUGGUGGGAAAUAUUGGGGAAUGAUGGAGACAGGAAUGGAGAGUGGAAAGACAGUCCUGUGUGUGUGUGAGUGUGUAUGUCUGUAUUACAAUUAUUUCAGGACCAGAAAAAAUUUCAAGCUUGGGAGCUAUAAGGCAUUAACAGAGUUGAGAAGAGAAGGCCGUGGGCUAAUUUUGUAUGCAACUGGUUACUACUGAGAGGUGCCAAAGUUUCUAUUUUUUAUUUUUUGAGUUUAGCAUAUCUUUAUUAUUUUUGUUUUGUUCUGAUUAUAGAAUAAAGUGUUU